ACUUCAACUUCCCAUCAUUCAAGUUGUGAAUUCCAUUUAAGCGGACACUUGCAAUGACGCAGCCAGGCCCCGGUGAUGGAGCGUCGUCAAGACAAGAAGAGGAGAAGCAGAUCGUUGAGGAGAAGAUUAUCAAUGAAGAAUACAAGAUAUGGAAGAAAAAUAGUCCAUUCCUCUAUGACACGGUAAUAACCCAUGCCUUGGAAUGGCCUACUCUUACGGUUCAAUGGCUUCCGGACAUCGAACGGCCAGAGGGCAAGGAUUAUACUCUGCAGCGCCUAAUUAUGGGAACGCAUACAUCGGAUUCAGAGCAAAAUUAUUUGCAAAUUGCUCAAGUCCAACUGCCUAAUGAUAAUGUGGAAACGGAUACACGAAAGUAUGACGAAGAGAGAGGAGAGGCCGGCGGAUACGGUGGUCAAGAGUGUCGAAUUACCAUUAUUCAAAAGAUCAACCACGAUGGGGAGGUUAAUAGAGCGCGAUACAUGCCUGCAAAUCCAAAUAUCAUUGCAACGCGAACGGUAAUGGGCCCUGUAUAUGUCUUUGAUCGAACUCGCCACACAUCUACCCCAAACCCCGAUGGAGUCUGUAGCCCUGAGAUCAAGCUCCUUGGUCAUACCAAAGAAGGCUAUGGAAUGUCGUGGCAUCCUCGCAAGGAGGGCAUUCUGAUAACCGGUUCAGAGGACACAACGAUCUGCGAGUGGGACAUUACUGGCUAUACCAAGGAGCGGAAGACGAUGUCCCCGAAGCGAACCUAUACUGCUCACACAGCAUGGGUGGAGGAUGUGGCAUGGUCCGAGCUGAUUGAACCAAUCUUUGCAUCAGUUGGUGAUGACAAGAAGUUGAUGAUCUGGGAUACCCGGAAUGCAUCUGUACACAAGCCGACAUACAGUGUGGAUGCACACACUGCUGAGGUCAAUUGCGUAGCAUUCAGUCCAAAGAACGAGCAUCUUCUGGCAACAGGUUCCGCGGAUAAGACUGUUGCCCUCUGGGAUCUGAGGAAUCUCAAGCGUAAUUUACAUGUGUUUGAAGGCCAUCAGGAAGAAAUUUUGCAAUUGCAGUGGUCCCCGUUCAACGAGACCAUCCUGGCCAGUUCUAGCGGAGAUCGAAGAUUGAACAUUUGGGACCUUAGUCGGAUUGGGGAGGAGCAAUCACCGGAAGAUAUGGAGGAUGGACCACCGGAGCUUCUCUUUAUUCAUGGCGGUCACACGAAUAAGAUUGCCGACUUCAGCUGGAACCCCAAUGAACCAUGGGUGAUGUGCAGUGUGGCCGAAGACAACAUUGUGCAAGUGUGGCAAAUGGCAAGCAACAUUUACACGCAAGAGGAAAGCGUAAUUCCUGACAGCGAAUUGGAGUGAUAUAAUUUUAUGUUGUUAGCUCGCUGGACAUCGCCGGAUAUAAUGUGUACUACUGGUCUCAAAAUGCUAGUGCAUACUCAAAGCCCUAGAUGCAAAGGCGAAAACUAACUCAUGCGUAGCUCGUCAAUCAUCGACGCCCGGACUCGACCGAUGUCUUGCCCGC